AUGAUCAAAGAUAUGGCUGAUGAUGAGGCCAUACAGGCCACAAAUGACGAUGCAAGUGAGUGUAAAAGAUAUGCGGUUCAACUUGGUUACUGGUCCGAUCCAUUUAUCAACUUUUUCGUAAAACAAACUGGACGAAAAGCGCCAGAAAUCAAUCGUGGUUACUAUGCAAGGGUGAAGGGAAUCGAAGUGUUUGUUGAUAAAUUCCUUAAGCUAUCAGGUGAAAAAGGACAAAUUAUAAACUUGGGUGCUGGAUUUGAUACACUCUAUUGGCGACUUAAAGAAGCGGGAAAGUGCCCGGCAAAUUUUAUAGAACUUGAUUUUCCUAGUAUUACUGCUCGAAAAUGUUAUCACAUUAAAAAACACAAACAGUUGAUAGAUACGUUAAAUACUGAAGAUGGAGAAAUUAGGUUUUCAACAACAGAUCUACAUGCUGCCAAUUAUCACUUGGUGGGAAUAGAUCUACGGCAUAUAUCUGAACUUACUAACAAAUUAACACAAGCAGAAGUUAAUUUUAAUCUUCCAACCAUGUUCCUUGCAGAAUGUGUCUUAGUAUAUAUAGACACUAGUGCAGCUUCUGCAUUAUUAAAAUGGCUUGCUGGAAAAUUUCCAAAUAGUAUUUUUGUUAACUAUGAGCAAGUGAACAUGAAGGAUAAAUUUGGUCAAGUUAUGUUGUCCAAUUUACGUAGUCGUGGAUGUUUGUUGGCAGGUGUAGAAGAUUGUGAAUCUUUGGAAACUCAACAAAGACGCUUUACAAUAAACAGUUGGGAAGGCUCUAAUGCAUGGACAAUGGUAGAAGUCUAUGAUUCACUGCCUCAAGAUGAUCGUAGUCGAAUCGAACAUAUAGAAAUGUUGGAUGAGCGAGAACUUUUAAUUCAGUUAUUGCAACAUUACUGUAUUUCGGUUGCUUGGAAUGGACAAACAUUUAAAAAUUUGUCUAUAGCACAGGGUUAGCUUUUCUAACUCUUAUAAGUUACUCCAGGUAAUGAUACUAUGUCAUUAAAAAUCUAUAAGCUUGUAAGUACAUAUGUGGUACCUAAUGAUAAAAGAUCAUUGUUUUUAAUGAAGUUAGUAAGUUUUGAUCUUAAAUUUUUAGUAUAGAUUAAUACAUAUCUUGAUUUAUAA